GUUUUCAGAGCUACGCUCGAUAGAUGAAUUAGUAAUGUCUGCUAGUUAAUUUCCCGCUAAAUCGACGUAUUUCCUGGCGGUAGACUAGACGCAUCGAAAGGCAGGCAAUUGUGAUUUUGUGUACAUCGUGACAUUUGCGGACACUAGAGCUUUGGACUCCACACGACCACAAUGGGGAUACACGGACUUGCCAAACUCAUUGCCGACCACGCUCCGAGUGCCAUUAAAGAGCAAGACAUCAAAAAUUACUUUGGCCGAAAAAUCGCUAUUGAUGCCUCUAUGUGCAUUUACCAGUUCCUGAUAGCUGUGCGGCAGGAUGGCAACGUGCUGCAGAAUGAGGAUGGAGAGACGACUAGCCACCUCAUGGGAAUGUUCUACAGGACCAUUCGCAUGCUCGAAAAUGGCAUUAAACCCGUUUACGUGUUUGAUGGCAAGCCCCCGCAGCUCAAGUCGGGAGAGCUGGAAAAGAGAGGGGAAAGAAGAGCAGAAGCUGAGAAACUGCUCGCGCAAGCCCAGGAACUGGGGGAGCAAGAAAACAUCGACAAACUCACUAAGCGCCUGGUUAAAGUCACCAGGCAGCAUAAUGAUGAAUGCAAGAAGCUGCUUACUCUGAUGGGAGUGCCUUAUAUUGAGGCACCGUGUGAAGCUGAGGCCAGCUGCGCCGCUCUGGUCAAAGCGGGGAAGGUCUAUGCCACGGCAACAGAGGACAUGGACGGGCUGACUUUCGGAACAAACGUCCUGUUAAGACACCUCACGGCCAGCGAAGCAAAGAAGCUUCCAGUCCAAGAGUUCCACUUCAGUCGCAUUCUGCAGGACAUUAACCUGACAAAUGAACAGUUCAUAGACCUGUGUAUUCUGCUGGGAUGCGACUACUGUGGUACCAUCAAGGGGAUCGGUCCCAAGAGAGCCAUCGACCUGAUUAAGCAACACGGUAGUAUCGAGGAAAUUUUGGAGAACGUUGACAAAAAUAAGCACCCGGCACCGGAGGACUGGCUAUACAAGGAAGCCAGGCAGCUGUUUCUGAAGCCUGAAGUGGUGGAUUGUUCCACAGUAGAGCUUAAGUGGAACGAGCCGGAUGAGGACGGGCUGCUGCGCUUCAUGUGUGAAGAAAAACAGUUCAAUGAGGACAGGAUCCGCAAUGGGUGUAAGAAGAUUGCAAAGAGUCGCCAAGGAAGCACACAGGGACGACUGGACUCCUUCUUCACAGUCACCGGGUCCCUGUCGUCCAAACGGAAGGAGCCUGAAGUAAAAGGGUCUGCUAAGAAGAAGCUGAAGACCGGAGCCACACCAGGAAAAUUUAAAAAAGGCAAAUGAAAAUGGCAUUAACAUUUCACUUUGUUUUCUUUCAAGUGUCUUAAUGUCGUAUUACACACAGUAUUUUAGGGAAUAAAUGCUUGUUGAAAGGAAUCUUUUACAUGAGCUUCACUUCAUUCCGAAUGGCAACCUUGGGAACCGCCUAUGCUGCCACCACCGUCCAUUAGUUUCUGAAUGCUGAUGCCAAAUACCUGCGUUCAAAUUGAUGGCAUAAUAUAUGGUAACUGGCAAAUACUUGUCAAAUCUUUGCAUAUUAACACACCCAUGAUAGCGCAGGCUAAAAAAUUGCAAUCCCCAUCAGCGAAAAUGCGCUUCAGCUAUGUGAAUGUAUGUCAAGUCUCAUUCUUUAGAUUCUUUUCGUUUUCAAAAGGAUGAUGGCUACUUGACUAGUAAUUAGGUGCACUCAACAAACUGGUGACAUGUCAGU